AUGGUCUCGUUCUAUCUGAUGGGCCUCUGCGCCCUCCAAUGGCUGCUUCUCGCCCCUCUAACAGAGAGUCGUCAUGUCGUGGUGCGCAAAGAAGCUUCAAGACGCGGUUCACAGCCCUACACGAUCCCUUCUCUCCUCGACGCCACCGUCGACGAGCUCGCAGAAGGUCUCAACAGCGGCGCCUUCACCAGUGUCGACCUCGUGAACGCGUACCUCGCCCGGAUCACAGAGGUGAACAGCACGCUCCACGUGGUCACCGAGGUGAACCCGGACGCAGUGGCCAUCGCGUCGCAGCUCGACGGCGAGCGCGCGAGCGGCACCUCGCGGGGCCCGCUUCACGGGAUCCCAAUUCUGAUCAAAAAUAACAUCGCAACAGCCGAUGAGAUGAACAACACGGCGGGGUCGUGGUCCCUCGUCGGCGCCAAGGUGCCGCGCGACUCGCAGGUCGCCCGCAAGCUGCGCGAGGCCGGCGUGGUGAUCCUAGGCAAGACGAACCUGAGCCAGUGGGCCAACUACCGCUCCGACAACUCGACCAACGGCUGGAGCGCCUACGGCGGGCAGGUGUACGGCGCCUUCUACCCCAACCAGGACCCCAGCGGGAGCUCCAGCGGGAGCGGCGUGGCCUCCUCGAUCGGCCUGGCGCUCGCGAGCCUGGGCACCGAGACGGACGGGUCGAUCGUCUCGCCCUCGGACGUCAACAACCUCGUGGGCAUCAAGCCGACGGUCGGGCUGACCUCGCGGAACCUUGUCAUCCCCAUCUCCGAGCACCAGGACACGGUCGGGCCGAUGGCACGGACGGUAAAGGACGCCGCUUACAUCCUCGCCGCCAUCGCCGGCGAGGACCCAUACGACAACUACACCUCCGCCAUCCCCUUCAAGAACGGCACCCUCCCGGACUACGUCAAGGCCUGCAGGCAGGGCGCGCUCGCCGGCGCGCGCAUCGGCGUGGCCCGGAACCUGAUGGACGCGUCCUACGGCGUCGACACGAUCGCCGACGCCAACUCCAGCGCGGACCUAGCCGCCUUCCAGGCAGCCCUCGACGUCCUCCGCGACGCGGGCGCCACCGUGGUCGAGGGCGCCAACUUCACCGCCGUGGAGCAGUGGUUCAACGACUCGAGCUCCGAGACCAUCGGCCUCGACGCCGACUUCAUCGUCAACCUCGUGCAGUACCUGGACGAGCUCACCGAGAACCCCAACGACAUCACCGAUCUCGUCAGUGAGAGAGCCUUCACCCAGGGUUUCCCGGCCGAAGACUGGCCGGACCGAGACACGGCGAUCUGGGACGACGCCCUCGCCCGUGGGUUCAACAACACCAGCCCUCAGUUCUGGGAGGCCCGCCUCAACAACCUGGCCGUGGGCGGCCCUGGUGGUAUCCUUGGGGCUCUCGAGAGGGACAAUCUCGAUGCGGUGGUGUCGUUAACAUCGGUCUCGUCGUCGUUCCCGGCCCUGGUGGGCAGCCCAAUCAUCUCGGUGCCUCUGGGGUUCUUCCCCAAUGGGACGAGGGUGGUUUCGUCCCGCAGGGAGCUGAUCGCCACUGCGCCCGGCAUACCCUUUGGAAUCGCCUUCAUGGGGGCAAGGUUCAGCGAGGAGACACUGAUUGGUCUCGCCUACGAUUUCGAGCAGAGGACCCUUGCUCAGCAAAAAGGGGCGCCUUGCAUUGUACCGUCGACAGAGCUUGCUGAUGUUAUGUCUGCCUAA